AUGCCACCAAAGCCAGACGCUGGUAAGCCUCAGCAAGAGUGCUGGGAGUGUCUCCGCCGCUAUCUGGCCUGUGACGGCCGUCGCCCCGUCUGCGAAUGCUGCCGCUCGGCCGGGAUAGUAUGUCCCGGAUAUGAAGACCGUCGGCCGCUGACUUGGGUGACGCCGGGCAAUAUUACCGUUACCCGUGUUCGGAGGGCCAAGACGACUUCAGCUGCGGCGCUGACACCUGCCGCUUUCAAGAAGCGUCGCUGUCGAGAGCGCCCACGGUUACCAUCGCCUGCUUCGGAGGAAGGGGUCCCCAAGACGAGUCCGGGGGCAACGACCGCUGCCUCAUCAAGGGACGAUGGCAAGGCCACUGAGGAUGACGACGACCCAGAUGUGGCCAGUUCGGGUGACCAGAAUGACGAUGGCGGUACAGUCGAGGAUAAUGAAGAGGGAGGCGUCGAUGACGGAGAGGGAACUAUCAGCAGCGAAAAACAACAGUCUACCGCAUUGGCGGCCACUACGCCUCAAACCCCGACCACAAGUCAUGCUCUCGUCCCGCAUAGAAGCAAAGACAUCAUACCAACUAUUCGACAAAGCGUCAAUUGCAUCCCCAUCAGCCUACAACAGGACGAGUUUGAACUCAUGGAGGCCGUAGAAUACUACAACCAUCACAUAUUUCCCGUCAUCAGCUCCAAUCAGAUCAUACCCAAUGCUUAUGCAAAACGCUUCGACAAAAACCGAGUCGCUGAGCUCAACCCCUCCAACCGCCACGCCCUCAUCUCCAUCUCCAUCGGCUUCCGCAUUCUAGCCGUUGCCCAGAUCCAUCGCCUGAGCAUCAAUCCACGCGUUGUCGGCCCCGCGAGUGACUUGUGGACGUCCUUUUUCCGACAUGUUGGCCUUGCCAUGGCGGCUCUAACCGACGAGAUCCGGCAACAUCCCAAGCGGUACUUGGCCAACAUAUUCCGCAGCAUUCACCUCAUAGCUAGCUCCGAGCUUUUCCUACUCAACUCACCCCAUUGGCGGGCUCAUGUGAGCGGCUUCAUGGCCAUCUUACAGGAACAGGGGGGGCUGAGCACAUUCAUCCAAGAUCCGGGUGCCUCAAAAUACAUAAUGCUCAGCUUUCUGGUUUCAUGCAUCGUGGCAAACACGACGAGCUCGCUGCAGAAUCAGAUCAUUCAAGUCACAUGCUUGGACCCCAAAGAGCUCUAUAGCCUUUAUAAAGUCAUCAUAUACCCACCGUUCCUCUGUCCGCCAGAUCUGUUCCUCGACAUACUCUACAUCAACCGUCUACGACUACAGCUCCCAACAACCUCGGUUAUAUACUCUUUGCCCUCAAUUCAAGUAACCGUGUGCGAUAUUCUAAAGCAUAUACACGAUUUCUCGCCGUUGGGAUGGAUUGAAUCAUGCGGCUUUGUGAAUCCCGAUGGGCUACUCUUACUAUCAAGCAUAUACCAAGCGGCAGUCGCCCUAUAUGCAAUUCUAGCACUGCCUUGCACAUCAAGAUUUCACGUCAAAAGGUCAUGCCACGAUCUGAAACAGACGUACCGAGCCCAGCUCUUUAACGCAUUGAAAGCGGCGGUUGGGUCGUCUGUCCGCAUACACAGCAUAUACUGGCCCGUUGUCGUAGCCGGCGUGGCUGCAUCGAGCGGAACAGUCGAAGAACGAGUGUUGGUGGAGGAACAUCUCAAGACGGGCAUCAACGAUCCGUUUUCCGGUGCGGGAUCGCUGAAGGCGUUGGCGAUGUUGAGGAGAGCUUGGGCGUUUGGGUUGACUGAAUGGGAUGAAUUCUUCAGCGAGCCAAACGUCAUAUUAUUUUCCUGA